AUGAGAUCGAGGAAGUCGAGGAGAGUGAAGACGAUGAAGCUCGAGAUUUCGUUCAAGAAAUUUCCAACCAUUAUCGGGUAUAGUGAGAGGGAGGAAGAAAAUGGGAAAAUUAAAAAGUUUGGGGGGAGAUUUAUUUUUGAGACACCUUCGACCUCCGGCAACUUCACAAGGAGAUUCGAUGUAUCCGGCCAAAAUAGAGAGAAGGAGAAGAAGAAGAAGAAGAAAAAAGGCAGCCCCAGCCUCCACUUUGUUCGCAAAAUGAAGCAAAAAAAUGAGAAGAAGAUGAAGCAAAAAUACCCGUUCUCCAUUUAUGGUUCUGUUGUACCACUCGAACGGGCUUGGCACAACUCGAAUGGCGAUCGGGCUUGGCUGCGAAACGGGGUCUGUUGCACCACUGCGAUAAAUAGAUGGGGCACUCGAACGGGUUCUGUUGCACCACUGCAAUGGGGCUUGGCUACGGCGAAAUCAAUUUUAGUGCUGGCUGGAGAAGAAAUCAAAGGAUGA